GUACCUGCUGUUUCUUUCACCUAUUUUGUGUAUAUAUAUGUGUAGUAGCUCGGACAUGCAUUUGGAAGUUCUAGUAUAAUCAGAAUCAAUGGGCAGAGUUGAAGGCAUUGAGGAAGUUCCGGUUACUGGCCAACCUUCCCAGUAUCCCCCUAAUGGCACGUAUCCUUCACCGGGACCUUCCCAGUAUCAACCCGCCAAUGGCACGUAUCCUUCGCCUGCACCUUCCCAACAUCAACCUCAAAAUGUUAACCAGUAUCCAGCUCCGAUUGGGGAACCCUGGUCCACAGGAUUGUUUGAUUGCCAACAAGACCAAACAAAUGCCAUUAUGACAGUUGCAUUCCCUUGUCUGACAUUCGGUCAGAUAGCUGAGGUUCUUGAUCAAGGAGAAAUGUCUUGUGCAACGGGAAGUUUUAUAUACCUGUUGCUAACGCCUGCUCUCUUCUCAAACUGGAUAUUUGGGUCCAAGUACAGAACAAAGCUGCGAAAGAAAUAUAAUCUGGUCGAAGCUCCAUACGAAGAUGUCAUAUCUCACAUAUUUUGUCCAUGCUGUUCUCUUUCUCAAGAAUACAGAGAACUCAAGAUACGAGGACUCGAUCCCGCCCUUGGAUGGAAUGGGAUACUUGCCCAGCAGUCGAGAAUGCAUAAUCCUCCUCAGUAUCAAACCAUGUCAAUGUAAGAUGAAAUUUCUGAUUUGUUUGUGUUCAUGUGUGCGCGGUCCAAAAAGUGAUGAAUACCAGACUGGAGUACUGACUGGACUAAAUUUUCUUUAAAUUUGUGAUUUGAUUCGAUAUCGUAGUCAUACAAUUCAUACCAUGCAACGGUAGCAAUAAGGUCUGUAUGGACAUCAUUUUCUGUAGAAUAUAUGAUAUCUUUUUCUUAUUCGUUGUA